UUAACGGCUGCGCGGAGCGGGAGGCGGUAGCGCGCAUGCGCGGCGGCCUGGGCGCCGUGAGCCGCGGGGCUGCAUGAGUCGCGGGGCAGGCGCGGCGGCGGCGUGGCCGGGGCGGCGGCGGCGGGGCCCGGGCCCGGCCCUCACCGCUCCCGGGCCCGAGGAGCGCAUCGCCGCGCGCCGUCGCCGCAUCGCCGCCCGCCUCGACGCCAAGCGCCGGGAGGCCCUUGGAGAAGAUGCUGAGGCAAAGACAGAUGAGGAGGAGGAGGAGAAGGAGCAGAGAGGAAGCCACAAGCAGAUUGAGGAGAGCAGGCAGAGGCUGGCCAAGCUGCUCUUUGACGGCACACAGUUGGUGACAAAUGUCCAGGUGGCUGUUGACUCGAGGGAAACACAGCGGAGGGCAGAGGAGGCAGAGCUGAAGCUGCAAAGGGUGGAGAGGCUGGAGAACGAAGCCAAGACUAAUGCCUGCAAGUUUGAAGCGAUCACCUCAAAAUGGGCCGUGGCCAAGGAGAAGACAGUCCCGCAGGAGCUGUGGGAGCUGCUGAACCAGCAGCAGCAGCAGUGCACGCUGCUCCUGGAGGAGAAGAACAAGCUCAUCGGUGAACUGCAGCAGGAGCUGAAAAGCAAAGACGAGCAAUAUGUGCAUGCCCUUAAGAAGCAGUCAGAUGAUAUCCACCUCCUUUUGGAGAGAAUGGAGGAGCAGAUCAGGAACAUGCUGAAAAACUAUCGUCACGAACUUCUACAGAUUGAGAAAGCGUUUGAGCUAGAACGGCAAGAGCUGCUGGACGACAAUAAGAAGAAAUGGGAGGAAGCCAUUCAGGCCCACAAUGCACAGGAGCUGGAAGACCUGGCUGCCCGUAUGAAAAAGGUGGAAGAGUUUGAGAAGCAGUUGAAUCAGCUGCAGGUGCAGGGUGUGGAGGAGUAUAACAGCAUGAAGAGCCAGCUGGAGAAUAAAGUGCAGACCCUGGCGAAGCAGCUCCAGCAGGUGAAAGCCGUCUAUCAGCUGAACCAGGAGAAGCUGGAUUACAACCUUCAGGUGCUCAAAAAGCAGGACGAGGAGAACACCAUCAUCAAAUCUCAGCAGAAGAGGAAGCUCAACCGGCUUCAUGACGUGCUCAAUAACCUGAGAAGAAAACUGGCCAAACAGGAGAAGCAGCUCAGGGAGGAGAACCAGAGCCUGGCAGCUGACUAUGAACGCAUCGUGGGGCAGUGUAAGGAGCUGCAGAGGACGAUGAGGCAUUUUGCUGUCAGCGACGCUGAGAAGUUCACGGAGGUCUGGCUCAUGAACGAGGAGGAAGCCAAAGGGCUGAUACGGAGAGCCUUUGAUGCAGAUCGCAUCAUCCACACCCAGCAGCUGGGGCUGCCCUGGGAAGAGCCUCGUUACUGGUUCCUGAACAACGUCGGCCCCCUCAGGCAUUACAAGGCAAAGAGGACUGCCACCAAGCUGGCCGCAGAGGUGCUGACAGAGAGCAGCUGUGGGGAAGAGGAGGAAGAAGGGAGAGGAAAGGGAAAGGACGAAAUGGCCACUGGAGAAGGAGGAAGAGAGAACCCAGAAAAGUCUGAGGAUAGAGUCAGACCUCUGCAAAAUAUCUCCAAGACGACUGUCAAGAGGAUCCUGGAGCUCGUGAGCGAUGAGUCGGGCUUCCUCAUCGAGAGCAAGCUGCUGAGGCUGCUGCAGCCGCUGGGGAAGCACGAGCGCACUCUCAUGAAGCUGGACUCCAUCUUUGCUGCCCUCGAGAUUGACAGUGAGGAUGACCUGUACCAGCUGGUGGAUUUCUUCCUGAAGUACAAAGCCCAGGAGGUGGCUGUCACCCAGAGCCAGGCUGCCCCUCACGGCCAGGAGGGCCCCGCCAGUGAGGAUCCUGCAGACCUGGCUGCGGACACAGCAAACGAUGGAUCCAGCUCCCAGAGGACCGAGGUGACAUCCUCUCGGAGCUCGCUGGACUCCCUUCCGUCUGUGUACAUCCAUGCUGACGACAUCCUAAAGAUCCUCAAAGCAUUUGUGCGGGAUUUCGACAAGCUGAGGGGGAAGGACGAUUCAGCGAAGGAUUUGCUACGGGGAUGGGACAGCUCCAAGGAUGGGGAGUACUGGAACGCCCUGGCACAUGCUAUCCCCGAGUCAAAGCUGAAGCUUUGGGACGCGCUGAUGGUAGCGCUGGAGAAAUAUCACAACAUCCUCGCGCAGAGGGCCAGUCUGAUCACCGAAGUAGCUGUCCUGCAGCAGCAGAACUCAGAGCUGUGCCUGCUCCUGGACCAGUACAUGACUUCCAAGGUGAACAGCGAGCUGCUCUCCCCUCCCUCGCAGUGGAUGGACCUGAAGCUGCCCAGCCCCGAGGAAGCACAGUGAGCACCUGAGGUCAGGGCACGGCUUUUCUCUGCCUCCAGCUGAGGCUGUGUCUGGAGCCGGUGCUGCCUGGCAGGGGCUAAUACACCUCUUCCAAACCUGG